CAGGGGAGGUUAUCCGUACGACACAUCCAAGUCUUUCAUAUGGGAAUGCAUGUCUGGGUUCGGACUAAUAGGGGUAUCUUUGUCAUUUCAAAAGAAAACAACCCGCCUUUUCUACCGUUGCCUCCGGUCGAUAGAAGGAUUUGAAAUUCUACCCGUUCCUUUCAAAUUUCCCGCCAAUGGCUGCUACGGCUAUCUUCGCUAGGCGCCUGGGAACUUCCGUUAAGGACGCGGGAGCAAAGAAAGGCUCAGGAUGGUUUGGCCCUCACAUGGCGGCGGCCUCUCAGGCCAUUCUCGAACGAAUUCCAAUGGUCGAUCUAACCAUUGAAAUCAGAGACUCAAGGAUACCCUUCUCAUCUGCAUAUGGAGAUCUGGAUCACCUUCCAUCUUCCUCUAGACGCAUGAUCGUCCUAAACAAGAUGGACCUUGCAGAUCGCUCUCAGACAAAGAAGUGGGUGAAGCAUUUUGAGGAACAGAACUGUAUUUGUUAUGCUGUCAAUUCACACAACAAGGACAAUAUCAAGGAGUUACUGCUCUUCAUUCAAGCCCAAAUCAGGGAAAUAAAGGGCAAUCAGUCUAAUUAUACUGCGACUGCGAUGCUGGUUGGAAUUCCCAAUGUUGGAAAGUCGGCCAUUUCCAACUCCUUGCAUCAAAUUGGCCGGAUUAGUGCUGCAGAGAAGGGAAAGCUUAAGCAUGCAGUGAUAAGUCCGUUUCCUGGGGAGACUAAGGAUAUCAGCAGUUUUAAGAUUGCAAGCCAUCCCAACAUAUAUAUUUUGGACACACCAGGUGUUUUAGCUUCCAAAAGUCUUGAUGUUGAGAUGGGCUCUAAACUAGCUUUAACUGGAGCCAUUGAGGAUUAUUUGGUUGGAGAAUAUGAACUUGCUCAGUAUUUUCUAGCCAUCCUCCACUCUAGCGAUGACUACAAACAUUGGGAGAAGUUGUGCACCACGGAGAAUGAUAGGUCACCCAUAGACCACACAGAGAAGCUCUCAGUCAGCUCUGACUCAGACAAGAGAAGACAAAAGCAGUAUUCCACGGAUCACACGCAGGAUUUCAUCGUGAGGGAUGUUCGUCAAGCCCUUUUCAAGACCAUUUCUUCAUUCAAUGGAAAUCUGGAAACUGAAAAGGAAAUGAUGGGGCUGAUAGAAGCUCAGUUUGCAGUCCUGCACGAGGCUUUCAGAGUGCUGCCAGAAUCAGGAGAAGAUGGAUGCAGGAGGGUUGCUACAAAGCUGCUCAACUUAUACCGGACCGGGAGGCUUGGCCAUUACACUUUAGACCCUGUUCCUAGAAAUUUUCAAUGACCCAUUAUAUUAAGAUAAGUUAUAUGUUUGAGGUUUAAGUAACAUGAGUACCUCUCUCUCUUCCAAUAGGACAUGAAUUCUCACCAAGGCAGUGAUUUUGGCUCAACAUGCAAGAACUCGAAUUUGGCAUUUUUGGAAUUUUCGCACAUGGUAGAAUUUACAAAAAUCAUGAGAUGAUUCUUUUA